GUACUAUGAUAACCAUACAGUUGCAUGGGACUGGGACUACAGGGACUAUCAAUUUCUCAUGUACGAUAUCCGAAUUCUACUCAUCAGCCUCUUAUUUCAGACAUUUUUUAGUGUUCGCGUGAACUUUUCGUGCAAAAUCAAGUUCUAGCUGCCCCCGUUUACUUCUUCCAACAGUUUCAAUUGUGUGAUUACUUAUGCUAUCUCUUCUCGAUCUGUGCAGGCCCAUGUCUUCGGUCUUUGUCUGACGAUGGAGGUUUUUUUAACUGUGCCUAAAGGUUUUUUUCAUGGGUAUAUUAUCAACUAGGAUGGAUCCAGAGCCGUCAAGAAGAGUUUUGAGGAGCAGCUCCAAUCGAAACUCCGAAGCUAACAAUAGGGAACGCUCAGUGGAUCUGGUAGCCAUCGAGGACUAUGAUGAUAGAAGGAAUGCGGACUCAGUGUAUUUCUUACGAUGGUUUUACAAUCCUGAUGAUGAUGACUAUGAUGAAUUAGAUGAUACUGAAGAUGACUAUGAUGAUACAGAAGGAGACGAUGAUGACAGUUAUGAUGACAUGGUCAAUAUCCAUUUUGAUGGGAUCCCAAUGCGUAGAUCCAUUCCUCAUCCUCGUACCGAUUUGAAACCGAAUACCACCAAAUUGAAGAAUAGUGACUUCUAUUUGUUGAUGCAACAAAAUGCCGGACUCCGGCACAACAAAGCCAAAGAGAGGCCUAACAGUGUUCUACAGAUGAUCCAAGCCAGACAGACUGGAAUGUUUGGAGCGGACCGUUUUACAGCUGGUGAUCAGGCUAAAAUAUCAUCAUCAUACUUCCCAACCCAGUUGAACCACAUCAUCAAACAUAAUCAGAAACUUUUUUGUGGCGUCUACUCCAACGAUGGCUCAAGAUUCAUCUCUGCUUGUCAAGAUUGCAACAUUACACUGUAUAAUUCGGAAAGAGACGAGUUCAAACCAAUAAGUACCAUCACUGGUCGGGACGUAAGCUGGAGCAUUCUCGAUGCAGUAUUCAGUCCAGAUAAUAAUUUUAUUGCUUACUCGAGUUGGUGUGAUAGUGUGCAUCUAGUUCCUUUAAAUAAAGAUCCAGAAGACCAAAUCUCCCUAUCAAGUUGCUCUGGAGAAAGGCGAUUUUGUAUUUUUUCCUUGGCUUACGCUGCAGAUGGCCAGAACAUAAUUGGUGGUGCAAAUGAUGGCAACAUUUACAUUUGCCAUUUGGAGCGAGACAAACAUACUAGAAUCAAAGCUCACAGUCGGGAUGUCAAUGCAGUAAGCUAUGCAGAUGAUAGUUCUCACAUAUUAUAUAGUGCUGGCGAUGAUGGUCUCUGCAAGGUUUGGGACACCCGCACUUUAAAUGAAAACUCACCAAAACCUGUCGGAAUCCUUGCUGGCCAUCUGGAUGGAAUCACUUACAUUGAUUCUAGACAAGACAGGAGACAUCUCAUCACCAAUAGCAAAGAUCAGUCCAUCAAAUUAUGGGAUAUUCGUAUUUUUUCCUCUGCAGAUGCUCUCAACAAAACUGAAAAAGCCAUUUCAUCCCAUGCAUGGGAUUAUCGGUUCCAGAAAGCCCCCAAAAAGUUCUGUAAAAAUGUCAAAAGUCUAGAAGGAGACUCAUCUGUGAUGACUUAUCGCGGACAUUCUGUCCUUCAAACUCUGAUAAGGUGUAGGUUCUCUCCAGCCUUCUCAACUGGGCAGCGCUAUAUUUUUACUGGUUGUGCUUCUGGGCAAACUGUCAUUUAUGAUGCACUGACUGGAGAGAUCGCAGCGGCUCUGACUGGCCAUUCUGCCUGUGUGAGGGAUGUUUCUUGGCACCCAUAUCGAAAUGAACUCUGCUCCACAGCCUGGGACAACAUUAUCAUGAACUGGGACUCAGUAUCCAAGAUGUCAACAUCACCGUCACGCAUGGUAGGAACUCGACUUCGUAGAAGUAUGCGCCUAGCGCAACAGAAAAAAAAUAAAGAACAAAUGCGAAAAGAAUGAGAAGUGAGAGACAGCAGGAUUUGGAUUAUUGAGUUUCUUAAGACGAUGAGUAGUAUGGGUCCUUGGAGUCUGGGAUGCAGCAUAGCAAGUCUAGUCUGCCAAGUCAGAACAAGAAUAUCGACCCUAAUUUGCUAUAUCUGCACUUUUCUCUGAUCAUCACACCAAGUAAAUCAGUUUUACUUACUUCAUGAAUUUUUUAGUUGGCCAUAGGCCAUCUAUCUUUAAUCUGUAUUUUUGUACAGUGUUAUGUCUAGUGUAUACAAAAACUUGGCAUUUUAUCCUUAUUGUUUUAUUUUUUCUAAAAGCGUUUAUUUAAAAUAAAAAGAAUUAUUGGUCUAGUUA